CGAAUCAUGUCUAUGGCACUAUGAAGGUGCUGGUGGGUGUGAGGUAGUGCUUCCGGUGGUCGCGGUGCAUUGUGGUCGAGAAGACGUUGAGAGUUUUGUGCUUCGCGCCUGAGCCGAACGGAACGAGUCGCCAUGGUGAGUUAAGGCAGAGAAGCUGCCCUCUCGUCUCCAUCAGGCGGGAGCGCGGAUGGGUUUGGUUGGAGAGCGUGGAGGAGAGGGAGGCGCUCCGCGUGGCGUCUCCCGGCGCGCUCAUCCCCUGCUUCGGGCCUAAAAUGGCCAUGGCCCCGCAGUAGGGUCCGUUAGGCGGCUGCUGGGCUGCCGCCAUAUGAAGUGCCUGCUUUCUCUUGAAGGCUCCCGUAGCAUCUCAGGAAGAACAGCCGCAGUUCACCCCCACUCCAAAAAGUUGCUCAAACAAAUUCGAGCUAAUAAUGCAUAAAGGCGUGCUUUGCUUUCCAUUAUGCCUCGAGUUGGUGCGUGGAGAUAGCAGUGCAUGUUUUGGAGUUCUCAUUUUUUUUACUUUGGCGUGCUUUCUAUGAUAAAAAGCAAACUCAGUAAAUCGGGCAAAUCAGGCUAUGAAUCACAACAAGCAAUCCUAACAACAAAGUAAAAAGAAGCAGUGAUGUUAAAAAAAAUAGCUCUAUAAAAACCAUAUCAAUGUCAGGUGAGUUCUAAAACUAUAUUUUGAGUGAGUUGUUUUAGCUGAUGACAAAGGCCCCUUAGUGCUCACAUAACUUUCAAACACCAGCUUCAAGCUUGUCUCACCCGUGUUUCUUUUUAUGAGGGGGUGUCUUUCUCCCACCUAACCCUUCUCCCCCAAGUCACACAGAUGUCACUGCUGUGGUGGAUGAGAAUGAAGCUCACACUGAGAUAAGUCUGUUUAAGUUGUAUCAUUUGAGGGUACUGGAUGGAGCUUAAUGUACUUUUUACAGAUAAACUCCUUGCACAAUUGAGAAAAAACAAGCAUGCUAGGGAGAAUGCAAAGCCAGAACACUAAUCCCUGUAUGGAGGGAUUGUUUCACUCUUUGUUGUGUGAAGGAGCAUUUGAUCACAUGAGCAGAGUCCCUACUUACAGUCUCAAGUGCCCAGGUGUGACGAUGGAAGGUUCUGUUCCAUUGCUGAUCUUCAGGCAGAAACACCCCACCCACAUGCAGCAGUAGCCACAACAGAGCCUUUCAGGGGCAUGUAAGAGAAGGACAUGAACUUUCAGGUUCCUGAGUAUCCUAUUUUCUCCAAUGUGCCCACAAACUGACUGCAAAAUUGCACCAGUCCUGGAGCUGGUGUAAUGUAUUCUCUCUCUUCCCGCCCCCAUUGUUGUAAAUUGGAGAGAAACCUGCAGGAGGAAAAAAGAGCCCUCCUCUCCAGCUUCCAUACAAAAAAGUUCCUUGCACAUAAACAAAUCGUCUCUCCCCCCCCGCCCCCUUUUUAAAGAUCAUUCAAUUCUAUGUAAAUGUUAACUUUCUUUUUAUAGUCUCACACAAUUUUGCUUGUUCAACCUACCAAACGACCAGAAGGCAGGACUUACGCUGAUUAUGAGUCUGUGAAUGAAUGCAUGGAAGGUAAGUACCACUGCUCUAGAUGGAAAGCCAAACAAGUACCUGCUUAGAUCCUUAGGUUGGGCCAGAUCAAUCAUUUACUGUGGGGGGCAGAAGGAAUCCCAACCCAGUAAAAGUCUUGGGCUCUUGCAUUAUCAUGGGGAUACAGUAAUUACUGGCCUAAGAUGUACUGCAUGUAUUUGAAGAAUUACUUUUACCAAAUUAUGAAGACAUUUUAAUGCUGCAUUAUUGGUAGGCUUAUCCACAUAAACCAAAGUCUACCUUCUUUCAAGCUGUUGUGAUAGCCUAUUUCCACACUGAUCCCCUUUUCCUAUGUUUCUUGACAUCUAAGAACUUUAGCAAGCUGGAACCUUAAAUGUUUCUAAUAUAAGUCCUGAAUAUUUUCUUAGGAGUCUGCAAAAUGUAUGAAGAGCAUCUGAAGAGAAUGAAUCCUAACAGCCCUUCAAUUACAUAUGAUAUUAGCCAGUUAUUUGAUUUCAUUGACGACUUGGCUGACCUCAGCUGCCUUGUGUAAGUAUUUUAUAGCUAAUUAUCUGUAAAGAUACAUAUAUUGGCUUACACAUGUAUUCUGAGGUAUACAUAUUUACAGUGGGAUUUUUAUGUUCCUCAACAGCUCUGCAAGUUUUCAACCAGUGUGUCAUGGCACCCUGGGGUGCCUUGAAUGAUGGCCAGAGGUGCCGCAGACAACAUUGGCUUCUGUACCUCUUUCUUUUCCUCCUCUGAUGCCCUCUUGCGUUGCUGCCUCCCAAAGACUUGCACAGCUGUUUAUUGCAGCAGCUCUGGCUACAAGCUUCACAAGGAAUGGUGCCUCUGGGAGGCAUCUCUUUGCGGGGGGUGAGGAGGCAGCUCAGAGACCAGGGAUGGCAGCAGCAACUGCUUGGAGGACUCCCAAGGGGAGGGGAGGGGAGAGGAGGCUGAGGGAACACUCCACAAGGGAAGGUGUUUGAAAAAGCGUGAGAGGCUGCCAACUCUGCAGACACGGGGUGACCUAACUGGACUCCUGAGCUCCACACGGGUGCCGCAGAAAGAAGGUAGUUGGUCAAGGGAACUGUGAAUUUGAAAAGGUUGAAAACCUCUGGUUUGAUCAAAUGGUGUCAAGUUGCAUGGCUACUGCCAGUUAAAGCACAUUGCCUGAAAAUGGGAGUUGUGCCACUAACUGCUAUUUAUUGUAAUCCUCUGGGUUCAGGGCAGGUAUUUUACAGUGUAGUGUUGCAACUUCCUUCUCUGUGGCCAGAGUAUCUCCUUUUUGAACCCAACCGGAUGUACAGUCUCAUGGCUGAGGUUGUGAACCAUGAAGGGUAUGGGUCUAGAAAAAAAAUGUUAGGCCGCAUCACUCCUUGCUUGUAUGAGCAUAUUAGAUCAGAAGUAUCAAUCAGUUAAAUCAUAGUUAUUCAUAUUUAUUUAGAUUUUCUAAAGCCACCAGAGGGCAUACUUUGAGCAUGAAAUAUUUUAUGUUUUUUAGCUGUAGAGGUCUAGAUGGUGGUUCUGCUACUGCCCCUUCCAGUACUCCCCUAUCAGUGACAAAUUAAAACCAUACAGACAUGCUCAUGGCACACAACUGAGUUCAGCACAGCCGGACAUUUAGAGACCUGCUUAUUAGCUUGCAGUUAUUAUACCUUUCAUUAAGUUGAGAUGCAGAGUUGGUACAGGCUUGAGAUUAAUAUUUGUUUGAAACUUUGUUACUAGUGCUGUGUUAAUGGUAACCACUGAAGGCAUUGUUCCAGCAUCACAAGAUAAUUGCAUUUGGAAGCAAGUGGAGACUAUUUUGGACUGGGCUUUUGGAAGCAAGCUCUUACAAAUAUAUAAAUUCCUCCAAGAUACACAUCAGACUUGUUCUGUGACCCUAGACAUUAUCACCCUUCAUUUUUAGAAUUGCAGGGGUGUUUAUAUUCUGCUUGGAAAAUGGGAUCCUGAUAAUAGGUAUCUCUUCCAUUUAGAAAUCACUGGUUCAUUCUAGAAGAGAGACCAUGGCUUCACUCGCAUUUUUGACCUGCUGACUUUGGCUUAGCCUCACAUACUGUAUUCUUUAUUUACAAAUACUCUGGUUCAGCAAACGGGACAUGGCUGAGGUACCAUUACCAUUUGUAUAGGGCAAAUGUGAGCUCUGAAGCAGCGGGCAUUGAUGGGCAACGGGUGGGUGUGUGGAAACCCCUGCUGGAUUGAAACUAUUGAAUUUUGAUUCCCAGCAGACACUGUUCUAGCAUCCUACUGUUGUAUAAGCUGCUGUUCAAAAACGUGUGAGGUUGAGGCUGAUUGGUUUUGUGACAUUUAAGAAAUGCAUGAUGAACGAUAUUAACUGGCCUGUUCUUUUCUCCUCACAGUUACCGUGCUGAUACUCAGACAUACCAGCCAUACAAUAAAGACUGGAUAAAGGAGAAGAUCUAUGUCCUCCUCCGCAGACAAGCUCAACAAGCAAGCAAAUAGACACCAUGGUUAAGGGGGUUUUGAGGGAAGGGUUUUGACAACAGGUGUGUACAGCGUUCUGUAGUGAAAGUUUUGUAUUGUAGUCCUCCUGUUCAUUCUUGUUAGCCUGUAUCUGAGACAAAAAUCUGUUAGAAUUCCCAGGGACUUUCUCAGUUUAAUACUCGAAGAAAAAAGGAUAUGCCUUCCACAGGUCUUUUAGUUUAAUUGUCUUUGCAGUUCUUCUUUCCUCACUCCCGGGAUUGUUCAAUUCUGCUUUACCACAUUCGCUGUAUGUACUCCUCUUUAGGGGGUUUUCCAAUGUUAUUUCUUGGAGGCAGUCACGGUGAAGAAUAAAAUAAAUACUCUUUAGAUAAAUGUGUUGAGUGGUGGCUUCAUAAGCCAUGUAAGUUAAACAUAGCCAGCUUGUGGAACUAACCACUUGAAGCUUGAAUACUGAUUGGCUCAUGAAAGAUUUUGAGUUGCUGCAAUCAUGAUAAAUCAUGACAACAUGCAAAUAUAACCAAAUAGACUUGGACCCUUGGUUUGGUGCUUUGAACAGGCCUUGGUUUCCUGCCAAUUAUUGUUUCAACAUUUACAUGGUUUGGGGGUAGAUCGUUAUAAAUUGCUGAAAUUGAAAUAUCAGUUGCUGGCUACCAACAGCAGGAGAUAGUUGCUGCUGUCACAUCCUGCUUAUGGACUUCCUAUAAGCAUCUGUUUGGCCACAAAGUGAAACAAGUUGCACAAAGUGAAACAAGUUGCUUGAUAGUUCUAUUCUCACACUGGUGGUGAGAUCCAAGGCCUAUCUGCUGCUGAGGCAUUCUUUGUUGGGUUCAGGGCAGCCAUUCCCAAUUCGAAGAUAUCAAGCUACUUUUAAAAUAAACCAUUCCUUGAUACUCGGUCUCUUUAAGUACCGUACUUUUCCGUGUAUAAGAUUAGGUAUUUUUAUUUAAAAAUCAUGCUAAAUGUGUGGUGUUGAUUGGCUCAACAACUCUGGGCAAUCCUCCGCAAAAAAGUUCAACAACUCUGUGCCAUCUCCCCUUCAUUUUCUUAAAUUUGAGUCCCCCUGUACAUAGAAAAUGACAGUACUUAACAUUUUAGUUAGAAGAGAACUUGCACAUGUUCGGUUAGCUUUCAAGAUGGCAAUUGGGUACAUGAUAUCUCUACUUCCUGAUUCUCACAGCUAUGUAUUGGCCUAACAGCACUGGAAAUAUUAGUGCGAAUAUUUUAUCUCCCACCUUUUAUUUCUGGCUAUCAAAUGCAUCUCUUUUAAGAAACUUUGUUCCAAUAGUUUCCAGCCCACACACUGCAACUAUCAAUUAUUUAGAGGCUGGGCUUUCUGUUCCAGCUGAAUUUGUGAGAUGUUUCAAUGAGAACAAAUAAUUUGUUUCUCUACCAGCUCAACUAUUUUAUGAUUCAAAAAGCAUCCUUGGAGCCUGGGAUACUUUUGUGUGUGUAGCAUAAAGUCUGAAUUCAUUUACGU